AAGCCAUAUGGGCACGAAGUGAAAAACCGGACAUUGCCCUUGCGAUGUGCCAAGUGACGAGUCAGUGAUGUUUCGGAUGUUUCGGCUGUUUCUAUGUUUCGUGCUGGCUCUGUGUUCCUCAGCUGAACCCGAAGCCGGGAUCUCCCAUGGGAUCUCCCAUGGGAUCCGUGGUGCCGGCAACGGCAACGUGUCCCGUGUCCUUGGCGGCUGUGAGCUCGGCUUGGUGAAUUGUGGUGGAUGUCAAUGUGUCGAGCCAUCGACCUGUCGCUGGUGCCACGGCAUGGAUGGUACAUCACCUGUCGCAACACAACCGGCCUCGUCCUGCGGCGUUGGCAAAGUGAAUUGUGGCAUUUGUCGCUGUACCACCAGAAGUUCCUGUGCUACCUGCGAUGGUCAGGGUGGUCCGGCCGCAGUGAUCUCUGCCGCUGCACCCAUUGCGCCCAUUGCGCCGCUGAUCCAGUUGCAGUUGGUUCAGUUGAUCUUCUUAGGGCUUCCUCUCUUCACGUAGGAAAGUUUGAAGGGUUUGACGGCUGGCCACACGAAGCCAGCAGAAUUCACCACAUCUUAUGAUGUUGAGGCGCUGUGAAGGUGUCUUGGAACUCAUGCAUGUUGAGAUAUGUUGAGCCAAAAAGGCAGUUGGAGUUGCAACUUUGAAGCGACAUCCGUGUAAAGCUAGGAAGCUGACGAUAGAGUACCCAAAGUCGCAGAAAAGGCCGG